GGCAGCCGGGCGCUGCUGGUGGAGGUGCAGGCCCUGGUAACCCCGCUGGGUGAGCGAGCCGCCGCUUCGUCUUCCGCUCUGUCGUACCGUUCCGCCGCGGGAGUUGACAAGCAGCGGUUGGCGACGUUGUGUGCCGUACUGGACAAGUGCGUGCCCACCCUGGAGCUGGCGAGCUGUGCGGUGAUGGUGAAUGUGGUGGGAGGGGCGCAGGUCCGUGACGUAGCUAGCGACCUGGCCAUCUCGGUGGCGGUGGCGGCCUCCUACUACAACGUGGGCCUACCUCGGGACCUGGCGGUGUGCGGGGAGGUGGACCUGAGCGGCCGCGUGCGCUGCUCCUUCAAGCGCCUGGACGCACGUGUGCGGGAGGCGGCCAAGCUGGGGUUUCGGAGGAUCAUCGUACCGCGGGUGCCCAAGACCGCCGAAUGGAACCAGCUGCUCUCCUCCGCCGCCUCCUUCGCCUCCCCCUCUCCCAAUGAGGGAGGCGGCGGCAGCAGCAGCGGCCCUGGAGGUGCCGUACAGGUUAUUGCCGUACGGUCGGUACGGGAGGCGUUACGAGCGGCAUUGGGCCCGGGAGUGGGGGAGCACCGCCCGGCGCACAUCAAGCCCCCAGCCCGGGGAAAGCCCCAACCGGGCACCGGGCCCCCCGGCUCGCGCUUUAGUAAAACGCCUUCCCCUGUACGACUGUACGACGACAACAGCAACGACAACAACAGCCGUACAAGUGCCGCGUCAGCUGUUACCUCCCACCAUGCCGCCUCGUUCUCGGCCCCAGCCUCAACCUCAUCCCCCCUCAACGCCGUUAUGCCCGACAUAGCGACUGACGGCUCCUGGGCCCGAGCGGCGGCGGCGGGAGGGCUGGCGGCGGCGUAUGCGGCAGCGGCGGCGGCGGGGGCCGGAGCUGGGAUGCCGUACGCCGUACAGCCUCUCCCAACACCGCAGCAACUGCCGUCACCAGCAGCAACCCCCCUGCAACAAUCCCAGCAACAAGCAGCGGUACCGCCACCGCAGGAGCCGCAGCAACAGCAGCAACAAGGACAGGAAUUGGCUGUUUACGUCGAUGGGUCUGAUAACAGCGGUGGCGUCGGGUUUACCGACACGGGCGUGGGGGAUGCUGGUCAGGAGUUCCUGCCGUACGGCAAUGGCAACACAGGAACGUACGACGACAACGGGGGUGCUGGAGGCGUUGUUGGUGGUGGCGAGUGGGGCUGGAGGGCUGCUGGCGAAGGGGACUGGCAGCAGCAGCAGUGGGAGCAGCAAAAGCAGUACUACGGAGGAGGAGGAGGAGGAGAAGGAGAAGAAGAAGCGUACGCAGGAGGGCAGUAUGGAGAAGGCGUGUACGGCGGUCCAGGGGAAGAUGCGUACGGCUUGUACGGCAUUGAGUGGGCCAACGGUGGUGGGGGCUGGGUUGCUGAGGUGGAGGACGUACCGCUGC